AUGGGUAACUAGUGCUGCACAUCAGUGAGAUAUUCAGAAGCACAAUUUAAUGAAAUUUAAACUUAAAAAGCAAUACAAGGAAUGAUAGAAUAACCUUAUUUUAGCAGCAUAGAUAGGUAUAGCUUUAGCUGUGGUUAGAAUAGGGUAGUGAUAAUGAAAGGAAAUACUUAGAUCUCAAACAAGAGUGUAUAUGAAAUGUGUUUUUUAAUCAAUGAUUUGUUCUCAUAGAUAGAAGAUUAACCUCACAAAUUACUAAUUACUGAAAAUCUAAUUAGUUUCUUUCGAAACAACCCGAAACAUAUAACAAAUAAAUUAGUAGUUGACUGUUUAGUUGAGCUAUUUAGUGAAUAAUUUAGUUAUUAAAAAAUUACUUAUAUGAUAGAGGAACGCAACAGUAGAGACAUCAAUAAAAACUCUUAUGCAAAUUAAUAUGGGUUUGGUUUAAAUUAAUAGCAUUAAAAUGGAAUGAGCUAAAGCCAUAGCUAAUAAGGUUUAUAAAAUAAGUAUAGUUAAUUAGGUUAUCAACCAAUAAAUGAUUAGGAUUAGUUUGGGUUACCACACUAUUAAACAGGAUAUAAUGAUAAUUCACCUAUGAUUGCUAACUAUGACUAAUUUAAUCAAUUUUCUGGUGCUGAGCCGAAAGAAAAGAUAAUUGAUUUUGAACCUAAUCCAUCUGAUAUCCAUAGGAUAUAUGAUAUGAAUUAAAUUGGUGAUAAUCAUAGAUAAAUGUAGUUUGAUGAGAUUAACUAACAAAGUAAUUAAUUUUUAAAUGAAGAAGAGGGAUAGUCUUAUAACUACUCAAGCAGAGUUUACAACAAUCCAAAUACAAUGUAUAAAUCUGGAUUUUAGUCACCUAGGAAGUAAGAAGAUUUAUAAGCAGUGUAAACUUAGUUAAAUUAGCUACAAAUAAGCACAAAAAGAUAGCCAACUAUUGAUUAAAAUAUUUUGUAUGUGCUGGAGUUUGUAGCAAAUAAGAUGGGUUCAUACUAAUUAGAAUAAACAAGUUAGAAAGACAUUUGGUAAAUAUGGAGAGUAUUUGAUACAAGCACUGGUUUUAUGAAUUAUCACAAAAAAUAUAACUUACUUUAGUUUAGUAAGUAAGCUAUGAGUAUUUAUUAGAAGGAAGCCACUGUCCUUCAGUUAAUUGAAGAUUCCUAACUAAAUAUUACCCCAAGAUUAAUGAAAUAUGAUGCUAAAAAUAAAGAAAUUAAAUUCGAAGGUGGAUAUUGUACACUGUGGGAAUACUCUAUAGAAAUGGGUAAAAUUUAAUAAAGAUUUAGUGAAAGAGAUCUCAUAUACAUUACAUUGGAACUAAUUAGAAUGGUUUAGGAUCUAUAGAAAUUGAGCAUAUACCAUGGAAAUAUAAAACCUUAAAAUAUUGUUUUAGUACAAACUGCAGAAGGUAAAUUUUAAAUAAGGCUUAUAAAUUUUGAAAACUGUGUUAGAAGCCAAAAGGAUAUAUAUCCUCUCUCGAAAACUGAAAGCUACUAUGAUAUCAUUCAUAAAUUCAAACUUAAUUCCGAUAUUAUGUCAUCCUAAAUUUAUCAAAUUGGAAGAACUGUUUUAAACAUCAUUAUUAAAUAAGGAAUAAACACCAAUCAGCUUCAUAGCAGAAAAAAUCAUCCUUUGAUUUCUGCAGAAGUGCUUAAGACAUACUAUAAAGAAUACCCGAAUAUUAUAAAUUUAAUUUCAAAAAUGCUUAGAUAGCCAUCCACAAAUCCAAACAAUAAUAUAAACUAAUACUAAAAUAUAUCAGCAUCUAAAGCUGCAAGCAAUCUUGCUGAAAGAAACAAAGAAGAAGUUAAUUCAUUCAAUCAGAAUGCUUCUGGAGAAUAAACUAUAAAUUCACUUAGUAUUCAAUACUCCAUGUAAUAACUUGAUAGAGACUUAGUAUAAAUAAGAGAAUAAAUGCGCAGUGGAUAAUAACAAAAUUUCAUUCAUGAUGUUAAAAAUGUUGUAAAAAUAAUUGGUAGAAGGAGAGUAGAAAUGGGAGCUUGGGAUUAAUCUAUGACACCUGAUGCUUUCAAAAGAGAGAUAUUGUACGUUCUUUCUUUAUAACAAUUUGAAAGAGGGUGUGAAUUAUGCAAUUAUUUAUUAAAUUUUAAAUCUUCUCCUAACUAUAAUUUAAUUGGAAAUAAUAAUUCCAAUAACAAUAAUAGCAGCAAUAAUAAUAACAACAGUGGUUUAAAAUAAUCUGGUGUUAAUAACAAUAAUAGCAGCAAUAGCAAUAACAAUAACAAUAAAUAUUCUUAGAUCAAUAAUUCUAAUUUGAACAUCUAAUAACAAGACCCAAAUAACCCAAGUCUAAUUCCGUACCCUCUUUAUUUAAAGAAACCUAUUUAAACUCCUCUAAAAUAAGAUUUAAUUAAAUACCAAGGGUAUUAGCAUGAAUUUUUAGUGAAAGCAUAACUAGUUUUAAAACAAGUUUAUUCUAAACAAUUAAAUGAAAUUAUACAUGCAUACUUUUAAGUUAAGGAGGAGCUUUCGAUGUACUAUUUUUAAAAUAAAAUGUUUAACGAAGCAAUAAAAGAAUAGGAAGAUUUGGUUUAAGAAAAAAAGAACUUAAAUGGCAGUGAUGAAAUUAGCCUUUCUAAAAGUUUUAGAAUUUUAGGAGAAAUAUAUUUAUAGGCUAAUAAUUAUGAUAAAUCUAUUAAGAGUUUAGCUUAGUCUCUUUAUUAUAUAACUAAUAAAUCUAAUAAUUUAAUGCAUUUUCAGGUAGCUGAAACAUUAAUUACAAUGGCAGAAGCUUACUGUGUUUAAAAUGAUUCUAAAAGAGCUAUAUAGUCAGCUAUGAUUGCCUACGAUAUUAGCUCAUAAACUUCACCAGAUUCUCUUGGAUUUGCUGAAAUUUGUAUUUAAAUUUCAUCAAUAUUUAUGAGACUUUUUAAUGAUUUUGGUAAAGCUAUUCCCUAUUUCGAAAAAGGAGUUAAAAUAAAGAUAAAUUGUUUCAAAGAAACUUUUUUAAAUUAGUAUUUAGAUUUAAAUAUACUUUAGCUAGCAUCUUAUUAUGAAUAAUUUUAAAACUAUGCAAUGGCAUAGGAGUACUAUGAAGUACUUUUACAUAUUCGUUAAAAAAGACUUCCACCUAAAAUUAUUUCUUCACCUUAAGUUGCUCAAUCUCACACUUUAAUAGGGUUUGUACAUGAGAAAAUGAAUUAACUUGAUAAAGCUUAAGAAAAUCACCAAAAAGCUUUGUUAAUGAGAAAGCAUUUAUAUGGAGAAGUUCACUAAGAAGUCGCUGAUAGUAUGAUCAACUUAUCAAUGGUGUAAAUUAGGAAAGGUUUAUACUAAGAAGCUUUAAAAAUGCAAGAACAGGCUCUUAAAAUUAAAGAAAAACUCAUGCCUGACUCUGCUGAUGUAGCAUAAUGCAUGAAUAAUUUAGCUAUUUUAUUAGAGACAUUAGGUAAUUUCGAAAGUGCAAUAAGCUAUCAUGAAAAAUCUAUUGCUAUAAAAAAGAAAAUUUAUGGAGAAUAAAGCUCUUCAAUAGCCACAAGCUAUAAUAAUUUGGCUUUGACUUAUUAGAAUAGCAGUUAGCCUGAGAAAGCUAUCCCAUUAUUUAAAAACGCACUGCUAAUACGUGAAAAAUUGGAUUAAAACAGUGAGGAAGUAGUUUCUGUCCUCAAUAAUUUGUAAGCCAUUUAUAUGGAUUUAGGGGAUUAUGACUAAGCAAAUUAAAUCAAGGAAAAGAUAGUAAGUAUAAAAAAAAUUAUUAGUUAAAAAAAAGAAAAAAGAGAUCUGUCAAAAGCCAGAGAAGAAGAGCUUAUUUACAGAACUUCAAAUCCUAGCUAAGCUGUGUUUAACUAAGCUUUAGUGAUUAAAAAUCAAUUAAACUAGCAAAGUCAACUUAACCUUUCUAAGCUACCUAUUAAUUAAUAAAGUAAAACACAAGAUAACACUUACGACACACAAACUUUUAAUUAAAAUAAUAAUAAUUAUGUUAAUUAACAAAUUUCAUAAAUGAAUUAGUAAGAGAUUCAUCAAAUUAAUUAAUAGCUAAAUAACUCUAUUAAUAUAAUCAACUAAAAUAAUAAUAAUCAAUAUCAGCAACAAUAGAGCAUUCUGAAUUAAUAAACAAACUACUCAAGCUAAAUUCCACAAACAGCUAACUUUUUCUCAAGUAAUCAUUUUAACUAAAACAAUUAAUCUGAUAUGAACCAAAAUAUCUUGCCAGUAUAACCAAAUUCAUUGACUUUCACAGAAUUAAAUCAUUUUACUAAUAAUAAUGGGCAAUAAGAUUAAAAUAUGCAACAAAAUAAUAAUAUUUAAGUAUAAAAUUAACAGUUCUAAUAAUAACAAAACAACUUUCAAAAUUCAGUGUUUAAUAAUAAUAAUAAUAAUAAUAAUAAUUAUCAUAACAAUAACAACAAUAACAGCUAGUAGUCAUUAUAAUAGGGUUCUAUGUAGUUUAAUCAACAAAAUCAUUAGCAAAAUGAACUAAAUUAAUAGCAGCUGCAAUAAUAAGCUCAAUAAAAUUAACAAUACAAUUAAUAAAAUUCAUAAUUUAACAAUAAUUCAUCAUUAUAAUAGAUAUCAUAGCUUUAAAAUCAGUAAUAGUCCCAACAACUUACAUAAUAACAGUCACAAAUUUAGCAACAAUAAAAAAAUUAAAGUAGCAACAUAUUUUUAUAAAAGAGUUAAUACAACCAAAAUAAUUAGCCACCUUCAAAUAAUAUUAACUCACAAUCAAUUACUUAAAGCCAAUAUUAAAAAGACUAACCUUAAUAACAACACUAAUAAUUUAUAUAAUCUAAUUCUUAAAGUCUGGGUAACCAGUAAAGUAAUAUUUAAUCUUAAAAAAUAGGUGAAAACAUGAAAAUAAGCAACAACAAUUUAUAAUACUAAUCAAAUAGACCAAGUUAACUUUAAAGCAUGCGUGAUUUUAAUGCUAAUAAUCAAAGAGUAGAAUGA